AUGAGUGGAGAGUGGAGUGAUGAGUGGGACAGUGGGAGUGAUGAGUGGGAAGUGGAGCGUGAUGAGUGGACAGUGAGGCGUGAUGAGUGGGAGAGUGGACGUGAUGAGUGGGACAGUGGAGGUGGUGGUGAGCGGGAGAGUGGACGUGAUGAGUGGGAGAGUGGACGUGAUGAGUGGGAGAGUGGAGGUGAUGAGUGGGAGAGUGGACGUGAUGAGUGGGACAGUGGAGGUGAUGAGUGGGAGAGUCUUCACAAGCUGGACAUGCUGAAGCUGGAGCACAACUUGAUCACCACCAUCCAGGAGAACGUGUUCAGUGAUCUGACAGUGCUCAACUCUCUCAACAUAGAACACAACCACAUUGUUAACAUCAGUGCCAGGGCCUUCGCUGGCUUAGAAAGUAACUUGGAGUGGCUGGAGCUGGGUCAUAAUCGCCUCGACCACAUCCCCUCCCACGCUCUCCGACCCCUCCAUAACCUUCGUCAGCUGGACUUGGACUCCAACAAGAUCUCUGUCGUACAGGAGGAUGCUUUCAGGGGCUACGGUGACACCAUCAAGUACAUCUUACUUGACAAGAACCACAUCAAGAGUAUACCACCACUGGCGUUCAUGGACCUACACUCGCUGGAGUGGUUAAAACUCUCUCACAACGAAAUGACUCACCUAACAGAAGAUGCUGUCCAGCCUAUACUGGACACUCUCACCAUGAUCGACGUCUCUAACAACCCACUGGAGUGUAGCUGUGACUUGCUCUGGCUUCGCAAGUGGCUUAGCAACCCCAACAACCAGGACAACAUGGUGUCGCAGGAUGAUCAUAUUUGUGUCACUAAGGAACGGAAGUCCCACGUUAUCUCCAACCUGCCUUUCAAGGAGUUCAACUGCCCCAUCUCCCUGCCCACCGAGAACCGCUCCCCCAACAGGGCGUCUGUGUUGACCUGCCCUCACGUGCUGGUGGCCCUGGGCCUACUGUCCACCUUCGUCAAGGAAAACACUUGGUAAAGGGUAUCAUAAAAGGCAGCAGCACCUCCACCAGCGGCACCGCGCGCGCACGCACACGAACAGCAGUGUUCUGUAGGUAAAACCAAGAAAAUUGAUGAGGAGGACCAAUACUUUGAUUCUCCCGUCGUGAGCGUCUCUGCUGGUGGUGGCAUCUGUUGCCUGGACCAUGAUGAUGAUGAUGGUGUGUGUGUGUGCGUGUGCGUGUGUGUGUGUGUGUGUGUGUGUGUGUGUGUGUGUGUGUGUGUGUGUGUGUGUGUGUGUGUGUGUAUGUAUGUGUGUAUGUGUGUGUGUGUGGAGGGUGGGCGACCUCCCUACCCCCUCCUCCCUCCCUCCACCCAAGCACCAACAGAACACCUGCCAUCAUCACUGACCAAAACAACUCACAACUAUCAUGGAUUUUCUAAAUCCUCUUCUCUUGUUAUUAUAGUUUUGAAC